AUGGAAAGUGGACCCGUGCAGCCUGUGGAUUCUCUUGAUCCUCCCGAAACUUUCAUUGGGGAUCGUGAUGAGGACUGUUUUCUAAGUCACCCUGUAAAUGCUUCAGUUACUUAUAUCAGAAAACCACAGUCAUGUAAACCAGUUGUCUCCACAAUUCCACUUCAGUCGAUUCGCCGUCCCGUCACCAACGAUGAACAGAACAUGCAAGAGGUCGAUGAGGAGCUCUUUGGAAAUGGAAACCCAGGGGAAAAUGAGGUCAAUGCUGCCCUCGAACAAGAAUUCAUUGGCGAUCUUGAACGAUUCUUGGCCAUCGAUCAUACAAGCGCUGUCGUUUUUCUGCCUUUACAAGAUCACAUUCCGGAAUCAGAUUGGAAUAUCCAAAUUCCACCCGCAGAAAUGGAAAGUGGACCCGUGCAGCUUGUGGAUCCUCUUGAUAUCCUUCCGGAUGCAAGUUUCGAUUUUGAGAAGAUCGUUCCCGAAAAUCUCGGCAACAACCUU